AUGCUUGUCGACAAAGAGCUUGGAUAUGAAGGUAGUGCCGACUGCAAAUAUCUUGAAGCCUUGGCAGAAACAUACAAAAAUGCAUCCGCCUGGGAUACUAGAAGACAGGUCUUGUCCAUAAUGGCUGAUCUGGUCCCCAUCGAACGCCUUCAGAGGUAUCUACCUGGUAUCACUGAGUACCGAGUGAAAACUGCGCGACUGCAGAAACAUGUUUAUGGUCGAGGGAAUCCACUUCCAUCAAGGUAUAGUCCCCGAAUGAGAGUAGAGGCCACCCAGCUUGAUCAUUUUUUGACGUUUAUAACAAGUCCGCACAUCAUACAAGAUCUUCCAUUUGGGCAAAAGUACAUAAAGCUUUCAACUGGCGAAGUACUGGAGACACCAAACGUAAUUCGAAGUAUGAUUCCAGAACGUAUUGUUAAGCAGUACACUAAAUACUGCGACGAAUUCGGGUUCAAACCAUUUGGACGUACAACAAUGUUGGCUAUCCUCGCAGCCUGUAGCGCCACCGUAAGAAAGUCGUUGCAGGGAAUCGACUAUAUUGCCGCAGAAGGAGGCAAAGCUUGCGACGACCUAUGCAAUGUAGUGAAGCAACUAGAGGAAUACGGGGUAUUGAAGACAGAUGUUUCUGAGCUGUGGAGAAGUUGUGUAAAGAGUGCAAAGCAAUAUAUAAAGUCAGAUUACAAGGUAUUCGAGGCUAGUCUCAUAAUGGAACAAAACGAAAAAAAUGUCAAUUUCGAUGUAAUGUUCCUUAUAAAAUUCGGUGCGAUAGCACAGCAUGAUAGAAAAAAUAGACCUAAUUGGAUGUAUUCAGUCCACAUGACAAUUUACCGUUGGUGUCAGUUUUGACUUUUUUGUCAUGAAGCAUACUUUUGCACUAUUUUACCUUUGUCGUUUAAAAUUAUAUCGUUUAUUGCUUUUAUUACAAUUUUGUUACAUAGGUGCACGUAUCUCCCUCUUCGCCCGUGGCUGACCACUGUAGCGUAUACGCUCUAAGCGAUGACAAGGAACCCUUGUUCAGCCGCCCAUGCGAUCACGAUCAUGAUAGGACGUGCCCCCAAUGUGAAGAACUAACAGCCUUAGUGUCUGCCAUUCAAGAAUACUUAGAAAGAGAGGAUCUGGGAUUUCCAACUGCAGAGUUAGAUGACUUACGCCAUGUGGCCGAUGAAGCAGCCCAAAACAUUCUGUCUUGGAAGGCUCAUCAGCUGAGAAGCAAAAUUCAGGACAUGGCCAGAGUAGACGCACUUGAACAACUAGACAAUUCGUCUGUAAUGAUCACCCAAGACUGGGCCAUGAAAUUUUUGCCACAAAAAUACCGCGAAUCUCAGGCAGACUGGUUUGCCAAGAGAGGCAUCUCAUGGCACAUAAGCGUGGUGGCAAGAAGACUUAAUGGAAAACUUCAGAAUCAGUCUUUCGUCCACAUUGUUAAAAACUGUAACCAAGACAGCUCGGUAGUUAUCCGCAUCAUGGAACACAUACUGCGCACACUAAAAACGGAGAAUCCUGAAAUUUCUACAGCAUUUUUUAGGCAGGAUAACGCGGGAUGUUACCAUAAUGCUACUAUGCUUGCUGCAUGCCGCUCUAUGGGUGAUGUCACUGGAAUCGCUGUUUCUAGAGUAGACUUUAGUGAUCCUCAAGGUGGCAAAGGCCCGUGCGAUCGCAAAGCAGCCACCAUCAAAGCUCAUGUUCGUAGAUUUGUUAAUGAGGGACACGAUGUCCAAACUCCAAAGGACCUUGAAACCGCGAUGCUAUCAGCUGAAGGAGUACCUGGGGUAAGAGUGACACUUGUCGAUUCAUUAGGUAUCAAGGACAGCCCCAUAAAAUUGGAUGGCAUCAGCUUGAUCAACAACCUACAGUAUACUGGUGCGUCAAUGCGAGUAUGGCGAUCCUACAACGUCGGCUGUGGAAAAAUCAUCGACAAACAGCUACCAACAGGUUGUUAUAAAUAUUUUUUUUAUAAGGAAAGAUUAAAAAUGCAGACUUAAAGUAAGGAAAAAAGCGACACGCGAACACAUUAAAAUACCUUUUUUUGUUCUCAGUUGCAUUCUCUCGUGUGGCAAAAACUUUCCGUACAAUAACGCGAGGACAGAUAUAUUUUAACUCUUACCAUCAACAUAGCUGUUUUAUAAUUUCACAGUAUGCGCAGACUUUUGCGGAUACAUUAUCGUGCGCAUCCCACAAGACACUUAGGACAACAACAUAAUCAGAGCGUGACAAAGUAAGAUAAAGACUGUGAACCAUUUGUCACAAUGUUUUCUUUUUUGGUUUCAGCUACAAACAGCUUCUGUGGUAAUUUUCAAGAGAAAUUUUCAGCCGGCGACUUCUUGGAUGUUGGUAAAGAAGGAUGUCCAGCGUUACCUCUUGAGUCUUCUAAAAAUCAAAACUUUGCUGAAGGGCCAGAGGAGGCAGAAUUUGAUCCAGGUCUUUUCCAAUGUCCUAACGAAGGAUGUGUUAAAAGUUAUCAGAGUUUUUCAGCCCUUGAAAAGCAUCUGUCUUUUGGAAAGUGUGAAAUGCGUGUAGAAAGAGUCACCCUUCUUGACCAGGCGAGGCAAAUGUACCACGCCAAGCUAACAGAAGGAACAAGCAAAGACGUGACAAGCCACUGUGCGGAAGCUUCUGUUCGAGAAAGCGUAGUAAAUACCAGUCAAAUUGUUAAAGGGUGGGCGUUAAAGCAAACGAAAAAAUCUGGACGACUCAGCGAAUCACAAAAGGGGUAUCUUGACGAAAAGUUUAAAAUCGGUCAGAAAACAGGUCACAAACAGGAUCCAGCUUCCGUAGCUCACGACAUGUGUUACGCCAGAACUGCUGAGGGUGAACGGCUUUUCACCCGUAGUGAAUUUCUAACUGCGCAGCAAGUUCAAUCGUACUUCUCUCGACAAGCAGGCAAACUGUGCAAUCAAUCCACCGAGGAUGAGAGAAGAGAUCAUGACGCUGCUGCCGAGCAACAGCAGUACUGGGAUACUCGAGAACAAAUCCUUCGAGAGGUUCAAGUCCAACACCCCAUCACCUAUGACAAUUUUGACCUUUGCGAAAUGUAUCACCCAAGUUCGCUAAACAAGUUCAGUGUCAACAUGUUACAAAGUAUUUGCCAAUAUUUCGGUAUGGAACAACUAACUGUUCGUCGCAAGGCACCAUACAUCGCCCUUAUUGGCGAAUUGAUCCAGUCAUGUACCUGUCAUAACAAUAGUUACAAACUGACAAAGUAG